AUGCGAAAGCGCAGCGCCGUACUGAGCGCAACCAUCGAGCCACCCGAACCAGUUUCUUGUCGGGGGCAGCGGGGCACCGAUGCUGCCUUGCAACCGACUAUGUACGUACAGAGUGUGUAUGCAUGUGUGUGUGGCAGUACUCACCUUGCAUCCCUCACAAGCGAACACGCCGUAGUGGAAACCACUCGCUUUGUCCGAACACACUUGGCAGAGCAGAGUGGUGGCCGAGAACUCCUCGGUACCGCCUGA